AUGACAGCACAGAUCGACCGAUAUGAAGUAGUGAGUCCUGCAGACACUGUAUUUGCUGUAGCUGGUGAAGAUGUGAUUCUGCCCUGUUCAGUUAAGCCCAGCAUCAGUGUUGUGGACAUGAGAGUGGAGUGGUUUAGAUCUGAUCUGAAAAACUCAGUAGUGCAUCUCUAUGAAGAUCAUGAUGACAGAAAUGCAGAGCAGACUGAGUCCUACAGAGGGAGAACAAAACUGAAUCCUCAAGAACUACAGAGAGGAGAUGCAUCACUCAAACUCUCAUCUGUCCGAGUCUCUGAUGAAGGACGUUACAAGUGUUUUAUUCAGUCCAAAUCCUGGUCUGAUUAUGCUACUGUUGAUGUCAGUGUUGAAGCUGUAGGAAGUCCUCCAGUGAUCACUGUAGAUGGAUUUGAUGAUACAGGAGGGCUUCAUCUACAAUGUGAAUCUGAAGGUUGGAACCCUGAACCUGAUCUUGAGUGGCUGAACAGUGAAGGAGUCAGCUUGAGUUCAGAAACAACAGAAAUGCAAAGAAACACAGACGGGUUCAGUGUGAAACACACCAUAACUGUACAACACAGAGAUGACAAGAUUCACUGCAGAGUCAGACUGAGACAUCACAUGCUGGAGACACUGAUUGUGACCUCAAGUCCUGUCCUGUAA